UAUCGCGAGGGGAUCCUCAAAUCAUGGCGGCUGCAGCUGAAGCGUAAGAUCCACGCCCACCCCACAAUGAUCACUAUCGAAAUGGCUCUCUCUUUUCUCUCUGUUUCCCUCCCCUCCCCCCCCCCCAGGGCCUUCUCGCCCGAGAAGACCGACGGCGAGGGGCUGUAUGUGUCGCGUGAGGAGCUCCAGAAGCAGAAUGCUGACCUCAAGUUCAAACUACAGAGGGCUCAGGAGGAGAAAGCGCAGCUGGGGGUACUCAACACAACAAGGAAGAUCUAUCUGUCCCCCCAUGGUGUGGUGUCACGCAUUUCCUUUGGUGUGGUGUUUGUGUCUGUAGGGCCGCAUUGCGUAUUUGGAGAAUCUGCCGCCCCGUGUGGAGGUCAUGGAGGUGCAGAAGCCCUCGUAUCGCACCUUCACCUACGAGAACGCCGACCGCAUGAGAGCACUCCGAAACACCAUACAGUCACAGCAGGUGCGAAUGAAUCAUCAUCCUUCCGAUGCAUUGUCCGUGUGCCGUCCUCCCUCCAUGUUUCUCUCUUGUCAUCCAUGUCAUGUCUGCCCACUGUUAGGAUGAGUUGGUGGAGCUGCGUGCCAAGUUGGUGGCGGAGCGGGGCGCCAAACCGCCGCCAGAGAUCAUCGAAAAAGAAGUGGUCGGUCGGUCACUCAGCAGCCCUGCUCAGGCGCGGAAGGGAUCCGUGUGUAUGUGUCUGUGCAUGCGUGUGUCGCUCCAGUACAUUGAGGUGCCCAAGGUUGAGACCAAGGUCAUCGACAUGUCGCAGGAGAGCGCCGCCAAACUCGCAGAGUACGUCGACCAGGUCAAGAACCUGCAGCAGCAACUAGCCGCCAAGGUAAGGUAACAUAGGCACCUGGGCAAAGCCCAUCCAAAUGUCGUCCAUCCGCCUCUGUGUGUGUGUGUGUGUGUGUGUGGUGUGGAUGAAGGAGAGCGAGUUGGCGGGGCUGCAGGCCGCCCGCAGUGUGGAGGUCCGUGAGGUGGAGGUGGAGAGCGGCCCGCGCAUCCGCAUGCUCAUGCAGCAGAUGCGGGAGAAGGAGGAACAGAUCGCUGGUCAGUCAGUCAGUCAGUUGAUGGAUGAAUGGAUGGAUGGAUGGAUGGACGUGUCCAUGCCUGUCUCCUCUCUCUCUGUAAUCAGAGUUGGCUCAGGAGUGCCAUCGGCUGAGGAACCUGCCCCCCACUAUCGAGAAGAUUAUCAGGCAAGCGAAAGCGGAAGGAGACGCUACACGAAGAUGAAGAUGGACAGCACAUGGGACGGGACCUUCGUGGUGUGUCGUCCUUGUCUCUCCGUUGCUGAUGCAGAGAGCGUGUGAUAGAGGUGCCACAGGUGGAGACUGUUCGUGUCAGAGUCAGCAACGACAUCAAUGUCGAACGCAUCCGCCAGUUCGUGCUGGUAAGAACCGACACACACCUCCCCCACGCCACCGUCCGCCCUGCAUUGUGUCCGCUUGGCCUGCAGUCUGAGUUGCGUCGUCUGGAGGAGUACAUCCGCCGUUUGGAGAGCUGCGGGGCCACCGUCAUCGAACUCAACCGCACCGCUGAAGGGCUGCGCACCGUGGCUAGAGAUCUGCUGGUGUGUGUGUGUGUGAGUGUGGGAAGGAGUGAUGCCACAAACAAAGAGAAUGCGGGCAAGGCAUUUGUUUGAUGCAUUGUGCAUUCUCUUGUGGCAGGAUCUGAUAGAGGAGGGGCGACACGCCGAGGGACCGCUCAAACAGGUAAGUCAGUACUGCAGUGCACUGCAGCCAGCCAGACACAAAGCGUAGAGAUCCACACCCACCACCUGUUUGUGUGUUCAUGUGGGGCGAGGCAGAUAUCGACCGUGACGCUGCCCAGACGAACGCUGCAAGCAUACACACCCGACCCGGCAAGCCACAGAACAGCAGCACUCUCCAGGAUUCAUCACCUCCACACAUCCAUCUCCACCAUCUGUGUCUUCCCAUCCCCCCCUCCCCCGUCCGUUCUUUCGUCAGAACGACAAGGUGGAUGUGCGCUUGUCUGAGUUGCUGAUGGAGUGCCCCUGCGCUGUACCCUUCUACCGCAUCGCUCACAAACAGUCAGUCGGCACAUAGGUCGACCAACAGUCAGUCCCAGACAACGCCUGUCUCUUUGGGUCUGGUGUGUGUGUGUGUGCAGGUAUGAGUUUGGUUCCCUGGUCGUGCAUGUGGAUUUCGCCCCCGACGGCGUGGACCUGCAGGUCAAGCUCAUCGACUACCCCAACGUCCAACCUAUGGGAUUCAGAGUAAGGCACGCAAUGAGACGGAAGUAUUGUGUGUGUCUUACUUACUGUGUCCGUCGGCGAUCAGGUGUUUCUGUCAACAUACGAGCGGCAGGAGUUUCAGAAACUGAAGUUCAUCACACAGGGUGUGUACCUUACGUCACGUGGCUGGGGAGCGGAGCCUGGCUAUGGUACAAUCCAAUCCAAUCCAUGCCCUGUUUGUGUGGGUGUGGGUGCAGGUGAGGUGCAGCUGCAGCACCUGCCCGUCUCGAGGACCAUCUACGAGAGUCACACGUCGGCCACGGCGCCGCAGGUGCAGAUGCAGGUACGGCAACGGCAACCACCGCACCGUUUUCACAGACAGCGGGAGAUUGAUUGCAGUGACUCUCCGUAACUUUUCUUCCCUUGCAGGUGAUUCAGGGCGCUGGCGCGAGUGGCUCGAGUGUGUCGUAUCACGGCGGCACGGUCCUGCCGCCAGGGAGAGGGGGGGUAUCCACACAGCAGCGUGUCGUCGAUAGCAAAGUAAGAUAGAUAGGACCGCACAGACAGCAACAGGGCUGACACGCAACCAUUCUUGGCGCCUGCCUUUUCCUGGUCUUGGUGACACUGUCGCAGGUUGUGUAUCAGCAGCCUGCAACGGUCCGGCAGCCCCAGUACACAGGUCACAUCAACGAACGAGGGGAGAACAGAGAGACAGACAUGUGCAAAGGCGUUGGUUGUGUGUGUGUUGCCGUCAAUCAUCUAGUGUCGAGUUACAGCGGUGGCGUGUAUGGUUCUUCCAUCGCCCAGCCACACACAGUGACCACCACACACACCACCGGCACCCCUGCAGAAGGUCCCCAAUGGCACACACACGCGCGCACACACGCGUCUCAUCUCAUGUGUGGUGAUGGUACGUGUGUGCAGGUCGGGACGCCGGGCGCAUCGGUCUGCUGGCACAGGCCUUGCAGGGUCGUGACAUGUUGGGAACGAUAGCCGAGGGCAGCGGCGGCGGCACCGAGUCGGACGACAUCUACCUGCCCUCACAGCCGCACCCCUACACUAGCCCCCAGUGAUAGAAUGAAGAUGCCUGCCUGUGGGGUACCGACGGAACCAUGAGUGUGUGUGUGUGUGUGCGUGUGUGUGGUUGCGGGG